UUUUUUUUUUUUUUUUUUUAAUUCCCUCAAACAUAGACACUUUAGAAUUUAGAACAAGUCAUUUGUAGACAACAUGACACAAGCAAAGAAUAAUAAAACGAAAAUCACAAACGAAGAAGCGGGUGUUCCUAUCCUCAACUCAAAUCCCGACAAUGCUUGGAAGGCAGUAGGUAGUCCUUCCCGAAGAGGAAGCACCACGGCUAUGGGUCAUUUCUUGGAAAGUAACAGUCCUCACGACUCUCCUGUCAAUGACCACGUCGAGAUUAUAAGAAGAUCCUCUGUCGUUUCAGAGACUAACGGCAAUGGACCUAAUUGGGGUUCAUUUGGUGGAUUCCAAUGGGAAGGACCAUCUAUUUUUGAUGAAGAUGGUAAGCCAGUAACGGUUGCUCCCACUCAACCUGCGCCCGAUGCCAUUGAUUUAUAUGACAACAGUAUUCGUUCAGUACCCAUGCUGCCCAAUAUCUCGAUGGAACCCAUUUACCGUCAACAACGUAGUCUUUCAUUCUCGAUGGGUCAAGAGCCCACCUUUUUUGGUUAUGAUGAUUAUGAAGAUUCGACACCUACUCAACCUCAAUAUAAGCAACCCGCUUUUAACAGUUCCUUAGCUCCCAUGGUGGAAGAAGAAGAUGGUUAUCUGGAUGACUUUGAUUUCGCUCAUAUUCGUUCCCGAUCUAAAUCCUCUGGUGCUGCAUUUGGUUUAUUAUCUCAGACACAACAUUCUCGUUUAAUGAAUAAUGGUCAUGUCAGACGUGGUUCUGAACAGCAAGAAGAUUUAGCCAUUAAUCAACGUCGCCGAUCAUCUUCUCGGUUCUUUAACAUUGAUCAACCUACUGCAAAUGAUUUUAAUACAAACACUGGACAAAUGUCAUUGGGAGAUAAAGAAAGAUUAGACAUCAUUCAACGUCGUUUAUCAUCGCAGCAAGAAUAUUCGUUCCCCGAAACACCUGCAGCUGGAAAUUAUAAUCUGAUGCGAAGACAGUCAUUGACAUUGGCGACACAACCACCAAGUAACAUCCAACAAUUGGCUGACCAAUUAGAAAACACCCAUCUAAGAUCCGAAAUGAACUUUCAACAACCAUCACCUACGCAACCAUCACCAUCACAACAACAAUAUAUGUAUGUUCAACAACAACCUAAUUAUCAUAAUCCAUCUAGUUAUCUUCAUCUUCAACAACAACAGCAAUAUCAUCAUCAACAACAACAACAGCAGCAGCAACAACAACAACAUCAACAGCAGCAACAACAACAGCAUCAACAACAACAGCAGCAACAACAAGUUGCUGAUGAUUAUUUUGAAUCAGACCCAAGAGGAUUCCAAGAUCUCGGUAAAGGUAUUCCACUCCAUCGAUUGGAUCCCAAGGUACCAUUGUACAUGGUAGAGUUUAAAGGUGGUCGAACCGAUUUCUUUUAUGUGAUGGACUCGAGUCAGUUUUAUCCACAGAUUGGCGAUUUAGUGAUUGUUGAAGCCGAUCGCGGUAAAGAUCUUGGUAAGGUCUCUGCUAAUACGUUAUCGAUUGAUCAAGUUACAUUAUUGGAGCAAAAGAAACAAGCACAAUUACAACAGAUCGAGAAUAAAAACAAUGAAAAGGAAGAGGCAGAAGAGAACGCAAAAGCGCCUCGUGAGAUUCAUAUCAAACGUAUCUUUCGAUUGGCUACAGCAGACGAGAUCCAUCUCUUGUUGGUGAAGGGACAAGAUGAACACAAGUCAUUGAUUGUAUGUCAACAAAAGACAAAGCAGCGUAAAUUACCCAUGGAGGUGGUUGAUGCUGAGUAUCAAUGGGAUCGUCGCAAGUUGACCUUUUACUUUCAAGCUGAGAAUCGUAUCGAUUUCAGAGAACUUGUACGUGAAUUAUUUAAAAUUUACAAGACACGUAUUUGGAUGUGUGUCGUGACUCCCCCUUUAACUAUUGAUGAUAUUACUCCCUUAUAAACCCCCAUAUCUUUCAUUUCUUUUUAUACACUUUUUUUAAACCUCUAUAAAUAAAACUACUCUACACCCAAUAA